AUGUAUGUGUUAUUGUAUCUGUAUCAGAACGCAGAAGCCAGACCUGACGUCGAAAUGGAGGACAGUAGCGCUAAAUUGCAGGAGCUGACAGAACCAGGCGGAGUCCCCGAAACGCCAACCCCGGUGGCCAAGAAGGAUCGAAUAGAUCCUAAUCUUCAUACAGCCGAUAAGGAACCUAAGGAACCAAUCAAGGCCAAUGAGAAUGUAGCAGGUACCGAAUCUCAACCCUUGAGCUCAGGAGUAAUUCACCCAGCUGAAAUAGGAGAAUCGGGUGUUUCCAAGGAUGCACCUGUCCAUACCUCGGCUCAACCCUCGGCGAAGACCUGUUCUCCCGACCCUGGUUCGAAAAUUGAGGAGGGAGAUACCCCUUUCAGCGCGACUCAGCAAAUGCGUCAAGUCGAAAUAAAGAGGGCCAGGGCCGAGUACGAAUCAGUCAAAGUGUUGUAUCAAACGACUCUGAAGAAGGUGACCGAGUUGGAGAAAGAGGCUCAAGAUGGCGCAAUCGACAAGGCCCUAAUGCUCUCGAAGGCCUUCCUAGUCGAAUUAGAAGCCACGAUGCGAGAGGACGAAGCAGCCUACCUAUCUGCCCUUUCUGGCAAUCACCCAGAUGUGAUUUUUGUCCCCAGCAACCCACCUGCUCCUGUUGGUAUCAAUCGUUCCCUUCGACCUCGUCCAAUCCCUAUUGCUAAGAAGCGUAAAGCAACAAGUAAUGAAGAAUCAUCCACGAAGCGUGGCAAGGUGGGAGAUGUCUCCAAAUUCUUCGACCUCGAGGCGAAGGCAUCGGACAAGGAGGCUACUUCUGAGCUUUUGGGCAAGUCUAAAGGCCCGAAGACCCGAAUUAAAAGCCGGGCGAUUGUAACUCAAGAGGACGAUGACUGGGCUCGAGGAGAGCAGUACCCAGAUCAGCAGGUUCAAAUGAAAGAAGUGGUUGAUGAGAAGAAGAAGGCUGACAAGAAGAAGGAGAAGAAGGUUGAAGAGAAGGAAGAGGAUAAGGAUGAAACUAUGCAAGUGGAUGAGAAAAGUGUCUUUCAUGUUGAGAAGCCGGAUUUAAGUGGCGAGAAAUUGGACGAAAUUGAACGCGAUAAAUUGAACGCGUUGCUUAUAGAUCCCAAACCCGAGGAGAUCUUGGAGCUGAAGGCAAACCAGGAUGCCAUCACCUCGUCCCAAUUCAACUGGGGUGACGUCUUGACAGUGCCUGCUGCGAACGUGAUACACUCAUGGGAGUACGAUCUCGAUUCAGCGAAAGGAAUCCCUUUGGAAUCCGACCUGACCCCUCACCUCAACUACGUUCGAGCUCUAGUUGAGGAUCGUGAGAUGAUGUAUCUACGACUUCAAUGUUCACCUCGUCUAUUACAAGUUUCAUCUACCGAUCCCUAUCUCGCUACCGAUCGAUUGGAUUGGUCAUUGAUCCGACUCAGCGCUCAAUACCCCUACUCUAGGAAAUCCGCUAUAUUUCGUUCACUGCACUCGAUGUCUUGUCGAACUGAUCAAAUGAAGGAUUGGACUGGUCAUUCUGUCAUCAAGAGCAACAUCCGAAAUGCCUACUCCUCGUUACAUGACAUUCUAUCGGAUAGCCUUAGGCUCAUUUCAUAUGGGAACAAUCACGACUCUUUCAAGAUCAGGACGGAGGGGGACGAUGGCGUUUCGGAAUCUUCUGUAGAGAUGGGCAAAACUAUUGCCUGGUUGUUAAAUCAAUGUUAUUCCACUGGUUCUGACGAUCAACCUGCUAAACGUGCCCGAUCAAUGCCUUCUAGUGUCAAAGCUUUGCAGAAGAAGUUUUUUCACAUCUUCCUGGGAAUGAACUUGAUCUACGAGAAUGAAGUUCAUAACGGACUCAUCAAGAAGGCUGAGGCUGCAAAAAUACGAACUCGUGAAAUCAGGCAGAUGAGGUCCGAUCAUAAGACUAAUUCAGUCUUACAUCAGCUUUUCAACGAUCGAAAUAAGUUCAGCUCAGGUAAUCUCAAAUCGAUUGCAGGCUCCUCCAAAACUGUCAAGACUAUCACUUCGAGUGCGAGUGCUCAAACCUCUCAGGUGGCUAAUGCUAAAGCUCUCGAAGAGAAAUCAAUUGCUGCCGAUACUUCUCGCGAUAUCUCGAACGUCAAGAAACAGUGUCUCCUUAAUUUAGCUUUGUUCCUGUUGUAUGGUACAGCAGGCUUAUUCCACGCACUGCCCAACUACAAAGACCAGAGCAUGCCCGAGAGUGCGAUGAUUGUCUUCUUGGCUUCGGUCCUAGCGGAUCGUCGAUACAGCAAGUUCAACGAAACGCCUCAUUCUUAUGGCGAUCGAGCGUGGAAUCGACUCGAUAACUUGAUGUACACUGCCCUGAAAAGAUUCCUCACGAAUUCAGGUCAAUUCAACACUCGCAUCAAGUGGAAUGAGAUGACGAAUCACUUUCAUGAAGAGUUUGAGGAGAAGAAGUUGGCUGGCUUAUUCAUGUUAGAUCUGUUGACAGAGACUCACCGACCUGGCCUGACGAUUGGUCUAAACGGGCUCGUCAUGGAUCACGUUAAUAUCGAUAACGUGAAAUUGAUGAAGAUGAAUGCCCCUGCAACGGAAUCAUUCAGGGCGUUAUGGGGUCCAACCGAAGGGCCUCUACUGCCGGUCACUGAUCGGGGUAAGAGUCUGUAUCCUGAAGUGUCCGGUCAGCGCAAUCGGGCUGUGGAGAAGGAACCUGUUGAUGAUGAGGGAUCUGGUUCAGAGCGUUUGGUUCAGGAAGGUGGGAGUGUUGAAGGAGGUGAUGAAGGAGAUGGUGAUGAGGGUGGAGAUGGUGAUGAGGGUGGAGAAGGUGAUGAUGGUGGAGAAGGUGAUGAUGGUUCUCAGGAGGCUGAUGAGGAAUGA